CUUACAACACUCCAGCCCACUCCCUCUCCUCCUCCUCCCCCUUCACUCCCCCCACUGCCCCUCUCACUACCACCCCUCAAUCUCUCCCCAUCGCAGUCCCUCACUCAGGCCCCAUCCCAUCCUCCUCCCUAGCCAACCUUCCCGAACCUAGCUCGAAAUCUGGCCCUCUAUCUCGUCCCUCCAUGCCUGGAGGCUCGGCCGCUGGCCAUACCGAACGUGCAGGCUCGGCAGCCACGUUUCCCAGGGCAGGAGGUUUGGGGGGAGGGAGGGGAGGUGAGGAAGGGGAUGCGGUGGUGUGGGGGGGGAGUGUGGUGGUUCAUCUGUUGGGGCAGCAGAGGCGGUUUGAGCUAGAUGAUCCGUGCUGGCAUGCUGUGGCUGUGAGCGAUUAUGAGAGCAUUUGCAGGGGUGGUGAGGGGUUGGGUGGUUUCGAUGCUGGUGCUGCUGAUGGGGGUGGAAGAGGGGGAGGGGGAGGGGUGAUGCUUGGGAGUGGCAGAGCUGCGUACGGGUCAAGUGCCACUCAACACAGAAGAGUGGCAGUGCCACUCAACACAGAAGAGUGGCAGUGCCACUCAACACAGAAGAGUGGCAGUGCCACUCAACACAGAAGAGUGGCAGUGCCACUCAACACAGAAGAGUGGCAGUGCCACUCAACACAGAAGAGUGGCAGUGCCACUCAACACAGAAGAGUGGCAGUGCCACUCAACACAGAAGAGUGGCAGUGCCACUCAACACAGAAGAGUGGCAGUGCCACUCAACACAGAAGAGUGGCAGUGCCACUCAACACAGAAGAGUGGCAGUGCCACUCAACACAGAAGAGUGGCAGUGCCACUCAACACAGAAGAGUGGCAGUGCCACUCAACACAGAAGAGUGGCAGUGCCACUCAACACAGAAGAGUGGCAGUGCCACUCAACACAGAAGAGUGGCAGUGCCACUCAACACAGAAGAGUGGCAGAGUGUCAGAGUGGCAACGGCCUUUGUGGAAAAUGCAAGGCGACUGCAGCAGGUGAGCCAGCAGGCGUUCAUCCUCUUUGCCGCCCAGGCUCCUCUGCCGCCCAAAGCUGCCAGGGUGUGUGGCGCGGAUGGCCUUCCCACUGCCACUUGCUUCCCCAUGCCGCCCUGCGGCUCGUCUGCCCCUCCUGCUUCAGACUAG